AUUUGUUUUAUUUCCUGCACUGGCUGCGCUAGUUCACUGUCUAUCUUUUUUUUUAUAUUAGAAGAAAAAAAGAUAGACUGUGAACUAAUGCAGCGAGAGCAAGGAAAUAAAACAAACCUAUUGAACGCAGUAUAGCGACCGAGUCGUAAGAAGAUACAGUGGGAAUAGUAGGAUCGCCAUCUAGCGAUAAGUUAGACUAAUGCUGAAGUCUUUAAAUUAGUCUACAACAGUUCAAAAAAUAAUUGUGAAGUUAUAUUUAUAGUCUGCUUCUAUACUUGAAAAUAUGUUUGUUCCAAUUCGACGAGCAGUACUGUUUAACACAGUAGCAAAAUAUGUCAAACAAAAGAAGUACAGUACUUCUGCUAUCAGCCAAGUCGAAGAUGAAGCCAAAAAUACAAUGGAAGCAGUGUAUCCAUCGAUUGAAGACCUAAGCUAUAAAAGUAAACAAAAGAAGAAGAUGCAAGCUUGGUAUGAUCAGAUCAAGGCAUUGGAAACUGUAGAAGAAAAACUGUUUAAAAUUAACAUGCCACGAUAUUAUGGUUUCCUGUCAUGUUGCUUGAAUGAGUACAUUGUACCUUACAAUUCUUUGUCACAUGCACAGUACUAUACAAGAACACAUAUUAUGAAAGAGCCUGGCCUUCCAGCAUACUAUAAUAAUGUAAUUUCUAAUGAACAGUUAGAUAACACAGUACAAGCGAUCAAAAGUAACAUAGAAGAAAAUAUAGUUUUUGAGUAUUGUAUUAGAAGAAGAGAGCAUGAAUUAGAACCAAACACAUUGGGUGAAAACAUUACAGAUAUAACAAGAGAACGAAACAUCGAAAAUAUUUUAUCUAAAGCACUAAUUCAGAAAAUUAAUAGAACAAUGCUGAUACAUCUAUCCUCUAAAUAUCCACAUUUAUUGCAUUCUGAAACGGAUCUUGAGCCAAGAUUGGAAGCAUCUUGGUUUAUGGGUGGUACAGAUCCUCCUGCACAUGUAAGGAAGUUUAAGAAAUAUGUGCUACGUCAAGAGAAGUUGGCUGAUGAACUGGUAGAUAUACCUGUUCAGUAUAUAGGUCAGCCUGCUCUACAUUUGAGACAUAAGCAUCCUCUGAAAGAAAUCAAUUUCCGAAGCGAGUGUGAAAAUCCUGCUUUAGAUGUGCCUAUAUUUACAUAUAGUCCAAAAACAUUAAAUUACAGAUUCCAAAGAAGACAUCUCACUAAUAUACCUGGAUUUUUGCCAGGUGAUCAAAAUGAAUUCGGUCUCUUGUCUUAUCAUACUUGUCCCUACUUGCUUCACAGACCGAAGGAAUUUAAUGACACGUCAAUAGCGCUCACAGGACAGGCUGUUUUAGCGUCUUAUAGCUGGUUAUUAUCACAAGCCUGUUAUCAAGGUUUCACCACUUUCAAUGAUAUUACAUAUCCGCUAGUUACUCAAACAGUUAUAACAAAUGGACAGUGGUGGUCAUUCUUUGUUUAUCAACUCAAUACCAUAUUACUUCACUCGGAGCAUUCGAUAGAGAAUCCGCUGCGUAACAUAUGUUGGGUAACAGAACCAAUGAAGUUGUAUGACACAAUUGAAAACGAAAAAGUGUUGGGUUUAAAUGAAGAAGUUCUCAAGACUCUAGUCAAGUUUUACGCGAACGCUCCCGAGGAAAGAAUAGGAGUAAACAUGAAACCGUACUUGGGAAAAUCCGUGAAAUUAAUAGCCGACAUCGAACACGAUGAAAGAAGAAAUUGGCUGGAGCAACAGUACAAGCAUCUCGUGUGCAACAGGCCGAGACACAGACGAAUUCCAGAAAUAUAUCAGUGGCAAGACAUCUAUAUUCGCAAAUUUAAAACUCGUCCGCUUGAUAAGAAACGAGAACCAUGGGAAUUCGGUAUCAACCAAUUAAAACGUAGAUUAGAUGAGCACCAUCCACGUUAUAUACCAAAGUGUUUACGAGCAAAUCCUAAGAAAAAGAAGAUAGGAAAAUGGGCAAACACAUAUUAUCCAUAAUUGAAGAUGCGUGU